AUGGCUGCGCUAAUUCAAGGAUUCAAGCCAUGCAGUGAAUUUAAAGUGACCAUCACUGAAUCCAAAAUGCAAAAGCUUUAUUCAGCUGCCAGUAUGCUGCAGGUGGAGCACAUCAGACAUGCCUGUGCUGAUUUCAUGUCCAGAAGGCUGGACCUGUCUAAUGGGAUCUUGAAAUUUGCUGACACCUUUGAUAACAUGGCCUUUGCUCAGCUAAGUGCCAGUGAAAAUGAGCUGUGUGAACUGGACAUGAAUCAAGUGAGAGAUUCCCUUGAUAUUGAUUGUGAGAGGAGAGUGUGUGUAGUUGCAAUACACGAGAUCAAACGUAACCUGCCUCUGGAAACAGAGGAUGCACUGCACAUGUGUCCAAUGGCUCUGUUCACAGAGAAAGACUGGUUCUAUUUUGAUAGAAUUAAAUCAAAGUCUUUUAUUACAAAACACAUUUCAAGUUUACCAGAUUUGGCUAGUACAGGAGAGAGUGGUGUGAUUUUGAUGAACCAUACAAAACAGAAAAUUGGUUUAAAAAAAAGAAAAAAAAAAGAAAUGGUCCUGUUUUUUGACUGUCCAAAUCAACUGUUCAUGUGUUAUGAUCCACAUGAAGACAUCUACCCCAUGUCAUCACCUAUCGUUAAUCUCAGCAAUCAGAACCUUCAACAUUCUCAUAUGGAAACUUUUUUAGUCUGCGCCACGCCAGAGAACAACCUUUACAUAGCCUCACACCUGUUGAAGCACUUAUCAGUGUAUAAUCCAUUGUUGAAUUGCUGGCAGGAGCUGGCAGAAAGACUUCUCGACAGAAAUUCAUAAAUUGGCUACUUCAAUGGGUGCAAGUGCAUUCUUGGUGGUAGGGACUCUGUAUCUGAUGCCAGGCUCAAGGAGAUUGAAUGCUAUAGCAUUCAGAGGAAUCAUUGCUAUUUAAAAUGCAACAAGCACCAUGAGACCUGUGUCUUUCAGGAUCAGAUCAUCUGCCUUUGUGACAUCCCAACAGGCAAAGUGUAUAAACUAGUCUGAAGGGAUUAUAGAUGCAUCGUGGACAUACCGAUUGAUAGCAGUGCUCUGACCUACCAAGUUGUGCAACACAAAAACAAACUGCUCCUGCUUACUCUUGCCAUCGUCAAAAACAGGCUGGUCAUAGAUGAGUAUGACUCUUCUUGGGACACAUGGAAAAAUGUGUUCAUCAUGUUUGGGUACUCAUUUGGCUCAAAAAGUCUCUCUGCCCACAUUUACAUGCACAAGAAGCACUUUGUAUUCGUGCAUUGA